AUGCUCUGCGGGAAGGUCACGUACGCGUACUCGCCCGCGGCAGACAGCGUCGUCGUCCUUGAGAACCAUCGUCGGGACGUGCGACACCAGCUGCGUCCAGCGCAAGCAGAGCAUGGCGCCAUAAAGCGCCUCACGAUACCUCGACCGCCCAAGCGCGGACUGUACAACCCCGUCAUACAGCACAGUGCUGCACGAAGCCAGACGCCAUCGACAUAUGACUCGUGCAUCGACACGCGGCGACGGCCCCUGCACCGACGCCGGCCGCUGCACAACGUUGGUGCCCCGGCGUCAAUCGACGAGCCGGAGCCCGACAUGACGAUCGAGACGACGGCAAAAGGGCUCGCGUGGAGCUGCCACCAGUGGCUCCAAAAGCACGGCAAAGCGAGCAGCAUGAAGGAAGAGCGCGAGAAGAUGGUGCUCAUGCGCCGAUGGUUUGAAUUUCUCGACUCGGACGGGUCGGGCGAGAUCGGCAUCGACGAGCUCGAGGACCCGCUCGUCUCCGUGGGUCUGGCCAAGUGCCGCAGUGACGUGCGCAAGCUCAUCCAAACGGUCGAUGAUUCGGAAGACGGCGAAGUCAACUUUGAAGAGUUCCUUGCCAUGAUGCACGACAAAAAGCAGAAGACAAAAGAACGCACGCAGUACACGCUCAGCGACCCCAAGAAGCUGUCCGAGGUCGCAGUUCGGCCGCAAACGGAGCGCGGGCACCGACCAUUGCCGGCCAACGGCGACAAUUCAGUCCUCACGCUCUUCACGGAUCUCCAAGCGGGGAAGCUUGGCGACUUGACCUUGCCGUUCCCUAUCUUGAUCACGGCGUACCGACGGCGAAUGCUCCUCAACGCCCACAUGGCCCCCGACGUGCUAGAGCGGAGCAAAGGGCAGUCGGUGCUGUCAGCGCUCGAGACGACACGCCGCGAUGCGCUCGUGGCCGAGUCCGCCCGGGAUACCAAGGUGCGUGAGAAGCCAGUGCUGCGGCUCGUAGACCGCGCGGGCGUGCUGCAUCGCCACGAUGUCGAGGACCGACGAUCCUCGCUCCGCGAGGCGUCCCUGGACCUCGAACACAAGGAGAUUGCGCAACCCAAGCCCAAGCUCGGGCUUGUUUUGCCCGACCUCUUCAAUUGA